AACUCGUCAAUUAUCACAUCUUUGGUGUCUACAUUGAUUGAUUAGCAAAUUACAAAUCGAUGGCCAUUUCCCCAAUAAUGCUAAACAAGCAACUAUUUCCUAUGCUUCUCAUUUGCAUCGCGGUGGUCAUGGCUACAAUUACAGCCACGACUUCUCAGGAUGCAACUCUUACGUGCAACACGGUGUUUACAACCCUCGAACCAUGUCUUAGUUACGUGUUAGGUGGUGGAUUAAGUGUGCCAUCAGAGUGUUGUAAUGGGAUUAAAUCUAUGCUCAAUGGUGCGUAUACAAUAGCUGACCGCCAGAGCGCUUGCAAAUGCAUAAAGAGCGUUGUUUCUAGCGCUGCCCCAGGUCCAGUCAGCCGUGCUGCUAAAGUCCCUGGAAUAUGUAAGGCCAAUGUUCCUUUCAAGAUUAGUCCACAUGUUGACUGUUUUAAGACCAAAUAACACACUUCUUUUUUUUUUGUUAAUUUUAGUCAUUUUAUCUGCCUUGUUAAUACUGCAUAAUGAGAUUGAAUAUGUUUGUGUUAUAUAAUAUCAUUUCUGUAAGCGUUGUUUCAGAAAUUAGUCAAAUUGGUAUUUGAAUGAAUAAUUUCUUCCUUUUUUUUUGGAUUACUUUGACAUAUACAACAAACAACACGUAAGUUAUGGUCGAUCUCGACUGUAUCUGAUGUAAUAGAAGUCCCGAUGGUCUUAACCUGGACUAUAUAUAUGUUUAGAUUGAUAUAUUAAUAGAACGGUUUUGGA